UUGAAAUUAUUCCAGGAAUGGGGGAAUAAAGAAGAAUGAUGGAGGGGGUGAACUCCAGUGUGAUAUAUUUGUUAUAUUGUAAGAACUUCUGUAAAUGCUACAAAGUACCCUACUCAGCACCCAAUAAAAAAAUAAAUAAAAAGUGGUAAAAUUUAAGAAAAAAAAUAUUUUAGGGACUCUUCUGGGAAGAAACAAAAGAAAAAUAAGUAUGCAAAGAAUGGUCUCCUUUUUCCUCAGGCUGACUCUCCAGAAGCCUUCCAAGGAAGCUCACUCUUAGCCCAAAGAUCUUGAGACUGUCCUAAACCCAAAACCCUAAUGGUCACCUUCAGCAUCAGUCUGGAAGUCACACUGUCUCUGAGUCUGCCUUCAUACCAGAGCAAUGCUUAUGUAUAAGCAUGGCAGGGUGUCAGACCCUCUCUGCUCACCCGCCAUUUUCUACAGAGACUGCUGGAUCCACCGAUUUCUGGGUCUGCUUAUUGAGCUGCAGGAAUCUCAGAAGCUGGGAGCCCAGUUCUUGAAGUAUUACUCUGAGAGCACUGGCCAGAAGUGCAGCAGGAGCUGCUGUCUUAGGAAGGACAUUUCCUGUAACCUGGCUGUCUUCUUCCAUGAUCUGAUUCAUGACAAUGUCAACUGCCUCCAUAUCCACUGUCCCACGUUGGAGAGCUGCAUAUUAGAGCCUGGAACUGGUGCCAUUCUGUACAACAUAAAAGAUCCUGCCUCCAUAAAUACCCAUUCUUCAUCUGGUAGGUGGGACAGACUAAGGAUCCUAAAAGCUAUGAAUUUAGACAAACAAAAAACCACCAUGCUCAGCCAUAUGCUGCCAUCAAUAGAGCCUCCAUCAUCAACUACACAUCAAGAUUUGGUUGCAAACACAAACAAUACGGGUUAUUCCAAGGAAUUAGCCACAGAUUUUGGGGAAAAAUUCAUUUCCCUAAAUGACCCCAUUACCACCAAAGUAAAUAAGGAAUCUCCAAGUACUGACUUCAUCAGCAAUCCGGACAAUGAAAGUAUUUCUCCUUUUUUUGUGCCCACAGACACAAAAUGUUCUCAUGUGCCUAUCCCAUCCCGACUCAACAGUAGCAAACAAUUACUGAACAAGACCAAGGGGUCCAACAGCAGAAAUCACACAUCUGAGAAUGAAGAUGAGAUACCUGGUGGGGCAUCUGUGACCUCAAAGACCUGGCUGGCUUCUGUGGCCUUGUGUACCACUGUCAUCUUCCUUUGCUAUUGUGUAGUCAUCCUGGCAUUUGGAUGCUGUCGGAAGCAACAGGGCCAGUAUACACUAGGACAGAGAAAGUCAGGAUCGAGACAAAGUAAAAACCAUAAUACAUUGAGGCAGAACUCUUUAAAAAGACCACGCUGUCAGGAGUCUGUCCGGGACCCUGACGUAGAGACAGCCGCUGCUUGUGAGCGUGCCCCUUCUCCCAACGACCACUGGGUGUCCCCGGUGAACUGUGAACUGGAUCUGCACUGA